GAGGAGCGCCUAGAGCGGCCGGCCCGCCCCCUCCGGCCUCCCCUCCCCCGGAAGUCGGUGCGGCCGCCCGAUCGCGUGCUGCUCCCCUGGGUGUCGCUAGGAGAUCGGGACGGGCUGCGCCUGCGAGACGAUCAACAUGCCUUUGGCUCGAGAUUUACUACACCCGUCCUUGGAAGAGGAAAAGAAAAAACACAAAAAGAAACGGCUAGUUCAAAGUCCAAAUUCUUAUUUUAUGGAUGUAAAAUGCCCAGGUUGCUACAAGAUCACCACGGUUUUCAGCCACGCUCAGACGGUGGUUCUUUGCGUAGGUUGCUCAACCGUGUUGUGCCAGCCGACAGGAGGAAAGGCGCGACUCACGGAAGGAUGUUCAUUUAGAAGAAAGCAACACUAAUGAUCCACACAGCUUCCUGAAUUUGGGUUAUAUCACAAAAAGCCUUAUCAGUUUAGUAAUUCUACUUAAUCUACCAGGAUAAUGUAAUUACAUUUAAUUUUGUAAGUAUACAACAGUGAUCUCCUAUUUUGAUGUCAAUUUUUCAAUAAAGUUUUGAUUAUGGGAAAA